UAUGUGCAGUUAUUAAUUGAGUAGUAGCAUAUAACACAUAAUUGAGAGAAAACGUGCUUACUUGCAGCAGUUGACUUCUCGAUAUAAAUUUUUAAUUUUUCUAACAAUCAUGGCACUAAAAACAUAUACCAGUUUAAAAUUACAUUUAAAAAGAAAAAUUACACAAUAUAAUAAAAAUAUUUUACAAAUAAAACAUAUUUGUUGUAAACGUAAUGUUGUUAUUCAAUUGUAUCACAGUGAAAAUGGUGUUUAUGGAUAUAAACCCAAACAAGCACAAAAACAUUUGGAAGUGUCAAAAGAAGACUUAGAGAUACGAGUUAAAAACAGUAAUUUUUAUAGGCUUGUUAUGGCAUAUAGACAGUUUGCUCAUAAACAGGCCAAUAUAAAUCCUAUAUCAUUAAGCAAACAAGUAACACUUGCGGAAUUGCAACCAGAAAAAUUUGGGUUAAAUCUAACUGAUAAUGUAUCUUUUAAAGGAAUCUUAGAGAUAAAACAAAAGGAAGGAACUGUUUCGGAAGCACUGAAGUUUUUGAAUACUGUUUAUUGUUCCCAUAUUGGAGUCGAAUUUAAUUAUCUUGAGACUGAAGAAGAAAGGGAAUGGUUUUCUAACGUCACAGAAAUGUGUUUAAUGGAAUCAUUGGAUAAUAAAACACGUAUUGCUAUUGCAACAGAAAUGUUAAAAAGUCAAACACUUGAUAAUUUUCUGGCUGCAAAAUUUGUAAGCUUUAAGAGAUAUAGCGGAGAAGGAGCUGAAAGCAUGAUGGCUUUUUUUCAUGAAUUUUUUAAUUUGUCUGUAAAUAGUGGCUUAACUGAUAUUGUUCUUUGUAUGCCACAUCGUGGACGUUUAAAUUUUCUAACAGGAAUGCUUAAUUUUCCACUAGAAAAAUUAUUUUAUAAGCUUAAAGAAUCUUCAGAAUUUCCAGAUGAUGCAAAGACAACAGGUGAUGUUGCAAGUCAUUUGGUGUCUUCCAUAAAUCUAGAAAUUGAUAAUAAAAAUUUACAUGUUACUAUGCUCCGUAAUCCAUCGCAUCUAGAAGCUGUUAAUCCAGUUUCCAUGGGAAAGACUCGGGGAAUAAUGCAAAUUGUCAAAGAUGGUGCAUAUAGUGAUGAUCACUCUGCAUGGUGGAGUAAUAAAGUAUUGAACUUACAAAUUCAUGGUGAUGCUGCUUAUAUGGGACAAGGAAUUAAUCAAGAAUGUCUAGCAUUAAGUGGCGUUCCUCACUUUGAGAUAGGAGGUACAAUUCAUCUAAUAAUUAAUAAUCAAUUAGGAUUUACAACUCCACCUUCUAGAAGUAGAUCAUCUAGAUAUUGCACAGAUUUGGCAAAAAUGAUUGCAGCUCCUGUAAUUCAUGUUAACGGAGAUGAACCAGAAAUGGUUAUACGAGCCACAAGAAUAGCAUUUAAAUAUCAAAGGAAAUUCAAGAAAGAUAUUUUUAUAGAUAUAAAUUGCUUUAGAAGAUGGGGUCACAAUGAAUUAGAUGAUCCAACUUUUACAAAUCCAAGAAUAUACAAAAUUAUACAAAAUCGUCCAUCUAUACCAGAUCGAUAUGUAGAGAAAUUAAUUGAGUCAAAUAUCCUGACAAAGACUAGAAAAGAAAAUAUUGUGAAAGAAUAUAAUAAGCGUCUGUCUGAAGCUCUCAAACAAGUUGAAAAUUACGUUCCACAAGCAAUACACUUGUCAGGCAGAUGGACUGGCAUGAAACAAGCUGAACACAGUAUAACUCAGUGGGAUACAGGUAUUGAUAUUGAUUUGUUAAGAUUUAUUGGGGAAAGAAGUGUCCAUGUAGAAACAAACUGGAAUAUUCACCCUCAAUUGCUGAAGAAUCACGUUCAAGGCCGACUGAGAAAAUUAAUAUUUCGUGAACAGUUAGAUUGGGCUAGUGCAGAAGCAUUGGCUAUAGGAUCCUUACUUUAUCAAGGUUACAACGUUAGAAUAAGCGGACAAGAUGUAGGUAGAGGAACAUUUUCCCAUAGACAUGCUAUGUUUGUUGAUCAGAAUACUGAAAACAUUUAUAUUCCAUUAAAUUGCAUUGUGGAUAAACAAAUUGGAAAAUUAGAAUUAGCAAAUAGUAUUUUAUCAGAAGAAGCGGUACUGGGUUAUGAAUACGGUAUGAGUAUAACAGUCCCAACAACUUUAACUAUUUGGGAGGCACAAUUUGGAGAUUUUUUUAAUGGAGCGCAAAUUAUUAUUGAUACUUUUAUAACAAGUGGUGAAGCAAAGUGGUUGCUCAGUAGUGGAUUAACAAUGCUUUUGCCUCAUGGUUAUGAUGGUGCUGGUCCAGAACAUAGUUCAUGUAAAAUUGAACGAUUCUUACAACUAACAAAUAGUAAAGAAAACGAAGUUGAUGGUGAAGAUGUUAAUAUACAAGUAGUUAAUCCUACUACACCAGCACAGUAUUUUCAUUUAUUGAGAAGGCAGAUGAUAAGGAAUUUUCGAAAACCAUUAAUUAUAAUAUCACCUAAAAUAUUAUUACGACAUGCGAUCGCUACGUCAUCAUUGGCGGAUAUGAAGCCUGGUACGAGUUUUAAGCCUGUUAUAGGAAAUGAUAAUAUAGAUACGUCUAAGAUAAAUAAAGUAAUCUUAACCAGUGGAAAACAUUAUUAUGCCCUUGAAGAUUAUAGAAAAACUAUUAAAGAAAGUAAUGUUGCAAUUAUUAGAUUAGAAUGUCUCUGUCCAUUUCCUUUAAAAGAAUUAUUGGAAGAAAUACAAAAAUAUAAUAAUGCAAAACUUUUUAUAUGGAGUCAAGAAGAACCUAGAAAUAUGGGAGCAUGGAAUUUUGUGAAGUCACGUUUUGAAAAUUUAUGUGGUCGACAAUUAAAAUACUGUGGACGUCCUACUAUGGCAGCAUCAGCUGAUGGCGAAAGCAAAUUACAUAAACGUGAAGCAGAAGAAGUUAUAAAAACACCAUUUUUGAUAAAAACAUUUUAAACUAAUGAAGUUAAAGGUUCAUAUUAUUUCUUCCAUUUAUUUAUAACAAAUGACUUUCUCAAAUAAAUUUUACGUUUGAUUAGUUCUGAAUAUUUGACUAUUAGCGGCUAUUGGUAAUUGAAAACUAUUCUUUUGACGAAUUUCUUUACAAUUACUACAACUACAGCAACAAAUAAUAUUGUCACUAGAAAGAAAAUAUUUAUUAUUACUUAGACGUUCUUCUGUUAUUAAAUCUUGUAUUCUUUUUUCUAAUUCAAUAGCAGUUUCUAUAUAAAAGAAAUAGGUAAAAAAAAUUAAUCA